AUGCUCAGAUAUUUAUCAUUUUCGUUUCUUAUCUCCAUAGCUUCUGCCACUUCGUACGACGACCGGCUAGCCGACUUCGCACUAGACUUUGCUGCAGCUGCUUAUGCAAAUGAUCCCUCCAAAUGUAUUCAGAAGCACGGUCUUCAAAUGGCUAUACAAACCAAAGUGGCGUGUGAUUCGACGUACAAUCAGGUGGGUAGAUAAUAUGCUAACGAAUGUUGAGUGUUCAGUGCUGGGCCUAUAUCGCUUACAAUGAGACCAUAGUAGUUACUGCGGUGCGAGGAACACAGACCCGGCUACAGUUGAUCACAGAGUUAGUAGAGACGAUGUCAGCACCCAAAAAGUCCUUUCCCUCUGGCGGUUCUGUCCAGAGGUACUUCUACAUUGCUCUGAAGACUAUUUGGAAGCAGGGAUUCGGACAAAAGCUGAGUAACUUGACAAAGGUACAGUAAGAUAACAAUAUACUGUUGGAUUACAUUUCUUGAAAGUCGCUUUAAAUCUUAAUAAUCCAUCUCAUUUUAGACCCUGCCCAAAGCCCAUUUCUUAUUUACCGGUCACUCCCUUGGCGGGGCUCUAGCGUCAUUAACAAGUUCUUUGUUCGCCCACAACCACAACAGAACGAUAACAUCGGAUCGUAUCUCUCUCAUAACAUUCGGCCAGCCUCGAGUAGGUAAUAUGGACUAUGCUACAGGGCAUGAUGAACUAGUGCCUCGAUCGUGGCGUCUGAUUCAUCGUUAUGACAUCGUAGCACAUCUACCGUACUGCUACGAGUCACUGUUUAGUAGACAGUGUUCCAGUCUCUAUAAUCACGGUCCUUACCAUCAUGGGACCGAGAUAUGGUAUCCGGGAGAGAUGACAAACAGUGGUUACCUGUACAACAUGUACAGGAUAUGCACCAACACACCUUUGAACGAAGAUAGGUCGUGCAGGUAUAGUAAUUAUAUAAAUAUGCAUUUAAAUAUUAAUUUUAUACGUUAUUUAACCAUACAAACGCCAAUCAUUUUACAGUAACUCAGCCUACAUCCACUACAAUGUCGCCGACCACUUAAUGUAUUUCAACAAAAGCGUGUCAGAUUAUGGUGAAGCUGGAUGUCCAGUAUAA